UAAACACCAUGCUCCAUUUGUUUUGUGUCAUUCUUCUUUCUCUCUAUGUUAGAUUUGUAGAAAGUUUGGAAUAGAAAUGGGUGCACUUUAUUUCUUGAUCUCCAACUUUUGCACUAAACCUAGUACAAAAGCCAAACGCAAACCAAUGCAGACAGUUGAGAUCAAAGUCAAAAUGGAUUGUGAUGGGUGUGAACGAAGAGUCAGAAAUUCAGUGGCUACAAUGAAAGGAGUGAAAUCAGUGGAGAUAAACAGAAAGCAAAGCAAGGUAACAGUGAAUGGUUUUGUUGAUCCAAACAAGGUGUUGAAAAGAGUAAGAGAUACUGGGAAAAAGAGAGCUGAAUUUUGGCCUUAUGUUCCACAACAUGUGGUAACCUAUCCUCAUGCCCCAGGAAUCUAUGAUAAAAGGGCACCAGCAGGCCAUGUAAAAAAUGUGCAAACAUUUCCAGCAUCUAUUGAUACAGAAGAGAAACUUAUGUCCUAUUUCAGUGAAGACAAUGUUAAUGCAUGUUCCAUCAUGUAACAACAAAUCUACUACAUCACAAGAAUCACUUCUAUAAAAAUUUGAAUUAUAACACUUUUUUUUUUGUCGAGUGGCCUAUUGGUUAAAAUUUCACUUUUGUAAGGUGAAUAAGUAAGAGUAUCAGAGUUUGAACCCCGAUCCCUGCAUAUUACAUGUCAUGUUCCUACCAACAGAUCAACUAUGCUCAGGGUGGACAACACAGAAAUAUGUUUUUAAUUUUGUGUAUUGAAUUUUGUUGCUUAGUAUUAGAGUCAAAAAUUAAGUCUAAUACAAGUGGUUGGUGCGCAUUGUGUGUUACUAUUGUAAACCCUGAAGUGCCGAGUUCAAUUUCUACUCAUAUAAAAAAGGCAAAAAAUUUAGAAUUUAGAGAA